AUGAUAUUGUUACAUGAUGUUACAUGUGAAUGUGAAGGUUGCCAUUCCUUGAGGUCGUUAGUCUUGGAUGCUGUUAAGCAAAACGGUGGGGCAUUUGCCUACGCGGACCCUUCACUGCGUGCUGAUAGAGGUUUGGCCUUGGAAGCGGUAAAGCGCAGUGGUCUGGCUUUGCAGUUUGCCUCAGAGACUUUGCGACAUGACAAGGAGCUAGUGAUGCAGGCAGUGGAACACUGCGGGUUUGCUUUGCAGUUUGUACCUGAGAAACUGCGUGCAGACGUGGAGAUUGCGCUCAAAGCCGUGAGGCAGAAUGGCGACGCAUUGAAGCUUUUGCCAAAAGAAUUGAGGGCGAAUCAGAAGCUCGUUUUGGAAGCUCUGAAAUCAGGACCACCACCUUCCAUCAAGGGAGGUCAAAAGCCAAUGGCAACGUUCCUUGAUGGCCUGCACCUGGUGGAGAAGAACACCUUCCUUGAAGUGGUUGAUGAAAAGGAGCCGCAGGGCAAGGUGAUGCGGUCCAUGUCGUGGCAUGAUGGCGACUCCAACGGCACGCGCUCCUCUGACCCCGAGACAGAGAAAGCGACAUCAGCUUCAGACGGCGGCUCUCAUAGCCUGCUAGCCUCCACUUCCAUUGAGACCCAUGAAACCCAUGAAAUUGGCGAGAUCCGUGAGAUUAAGCAGGUGGAGCAAGUGGAACAGGUGUACAUUCCCUCAGACCUGGCUCCCAGCGCUAGUGUUAUUCCGAGCAUCGUGGAUCCAAUGCAAGGUGCCAUGCGUGGAAUUGGUGGAGCUCCUGGGCAUCAUGCGCAUGCAAAGAAGGCGUGCAAACCUUGUGUUUUUGCCGCCAGCCGCACAGGAUGUGCGAGUACUAUUUGUGAAUUUUGCCAUGACCAUCACUUCUCUUGCGGUGGGAGACGGCCUCGCAAGGAAACCCGUGAGCGAUUCAAGGAAGCGGUUGAGUCAGUUUUCGCGAGGCAGAUGGAUUUCAACGAUCGUUGUCAGAUUCUGCAAGCCAUGGCUCAGCAAAGCCCCUACAUGCGUGGCAUUAUCGUAGGACGGCUCGACCAGGAAUGAGGCCUCAUGGCAGUUGAAAUUCUGAUGGAGCUCCCUGGAGGAGAAAUGCACGCUGACAGGUCCGGGACGAUCUGUUGCCGGACCUUUAUGGUCAGAGGGAUGGGUGCCAAGGGCAGACCUCCCUAUUUGUUUCAAAACUCAAUUCCGAAAAUGGAUGGAAACUGCACAUUUAGGUGCCCCUUUCCGUUGUUUCAUCUUGGACUUCCAGGAUUGGGCAAUGUGACAC